CACGUGCUGGGCGACUUCCAGCCAUGUUUCGUGUCACGACAUGGAACAUCAAUGGCCUCCGCACGGCAAAAUGCUUGAAGUCUACGCUAGAUGAUCUGGACUCAGAUAUCAUAUGCCUGCAGGAAACUAAGAUAACCCGUGAAAUGCUGACGGAACCUCUCGCCAUUGUGCCAGGCUAUUCUUCAUACUUCGACUUUUCACAGCGUCGCAGCGGAUACUCGGGUGUUGCCACCUACUGCCGGGACUCGGCCACGCCCCUGGGCGCCGAGACGGGACUGGCCGGGUCCCGGGCGGCGGCCGACGGCGGCGGCCGGGUGGGCGGCUACGACGCCAUCGCCGCCGAGCUGGACCCGACGGAGAGGGCCGAAAUCGACGCCGAGGGACGCUGCGUUGUCACCCUGCACAGAUUGCACUGUCAGUGUGUCGCAGUCGGCGCCGAGUGCCAGCUGGCGGUGAUCAACGUGUACUGCCCGCGGGUGGACCCGGACCGGCCUGAGCGGCUCGCCUAUAAGAUGCGCUUCUACCGCGCGCUGCGGCUGCGCGCGGCGGCGCUGCGGGCGGCCGGACACCACGUGAUGGUGGUGGGAGAUCUGAACUGCAGCCACCGGCCAGUCGACUCCUGCGAUCCCGGCGACCUGACGGAGUUUCGGUCGAGCCCGAGCCGCCAGUUCCUGGACGGCUGGCUGUGCGACCCGAGUCCGGCCGGCGGUGGGCCGGAGCCGGAGCCGGACGACGAUCGCCUGGUGGACGCCUUCCGGCUGCUGCAUCCGACCGCCGUUGACGUCUACACCUGCUGGAACACGCGCCAGAACGCGCGCCAGCUCAACUUCGGCACGCGCAUCGACUACGUGCUGAGCGACCGGGCGCUGGCCAGUCAGCUGCGGAGCUGUGACGUGCUAGCGCAUGUGCUCGGCAGCGACCACUGCCCGGUGCGGGCCGCGGCCACCCUCCUCGCCUUCCUCCGGCCGAAGGAGGGCGUCGCCGGCGCCCCGACGGCGUCCUCGCGGGGCGAGCUCGGAGCGGCGGUGAACGCUGCUGACAGCCAGAACGGAGAGCCGUCGGCCGUCACGCCACCGGAGCCGGCGGAGGGUGCACGGGACCCUUGCGUGCAGCGCACGGUCAGGAAGGCCGGCCCCAACCUGGGCAAGCUGUUCUGGUGCUGCGCCCGCGGUGUCGGCAAGCCGGGCGACCCGGCGGCCAACUGCGGGCACUUCGAGUGGCUGCAGCGCAAGUGA